AAUCGAAGUUGGCACCUACCACCUACAUCGUGUCCGGUGGCGGCGGAGGUAUAACUUCGGAGAACAUUCCAGACGCAGAUGGCGACGACGACGAGUACGGCUUCGUGGACCUCACCCUCUCCAGCACAGAGAUCAUGAUAGAGAUGAUUUCGCACGGUGGUCUGCUCCGCGACAGGAAAUGCGUCACCCAGCGCAAACCCAAGGCCACCACGGCCACGCCCCUCGCGGGCACCUCGCUCUGCGACCUGGCCGCCCUGGCGGAGCAGACGCCUGCGCCAACUGCGACGCCCCCGCCGACGGCGCCGCCCGCCCCAGUGGCCCAGGCCACCCCGCAGGAGGACCCGGCGGGCGCCUGGAACGGCGGCGCAGAUCCGGCUCCCGUCGCGGCGCCGGUGGAGCAGCCUGUGUUCGUCGAGCAGCCCGUGGCGCCCGUGGCGCCCGAGCUGCAGCCGGUCGCGCCGGUGGCCCCGCCAGCCCCGGCGCCGCUGAGCCCCAUGGGCAAGCUAGUGGCGGCCCUCAAGCAGGUGUUCCGCUGA